GAGAAGGCUUGGCUGGGGGCUGAAGGGCCCAAAGGUUGCUGGCCUUUGAUUUGCCUUUGGGUUCCCCCCGUGGCUUCUCUCCUGUUCGCUUGCCGCCUUCAGUUUACCACACUGGCAAACGGGGGAACCCCGUCCCUGGUGCCAUCAGUGGAGCGGAGUCAUUUAUUCUGAAAGGAGGGCACUCUCUCAGCGUUGGCUUGUAUUUUCAGCAUUCAAAGUCGGAUUAGCUAAAGUCCUCGGCAGAUGGGAGGACUCGGGGUAGCCAGGCUGUGUUACAUCCCAGUCUAAGUCUUUCAGACGUAAUUUUCCACUGCUGUGUCUUGGAGUAUGAAAAUUGGCUGUAGAGGUUCUCGGUGGCUUCUCCCCUCGGCCUUUCAAUACGAUCAUUAAAGUGGAAAUGCCAUUCCGGGAUUGCAGCCUAUGACUGUUGGAUGGGUCAUAAAUCUGCCCCCCCCCCCCCAGUGGCAAUUAUAAGAAGGUCUCAUGGCAAGAAAAAAAACAAAUAACCUGAUCCAGAGAGUCUUUCUGCUCCAAGGAAUUGUGCUGAGGUUGGAAAUGCGUGCCCAGGAGUUCUUCUCACGUGAUGUGUGCAAACUGAGAGGUGUGCCCACAUAAUAAUAGUCAUUGAAUAGAGUUUCCUUAAGUAGUUUUAAACAAUGCGUGUUUACAAAGGCGAUGAUGAAAAUGCCUUUCUUUGGAAGCUGGCCAGAGGAACCAAGCUUGGCCACCUUCCUAAAGUUGUCAGGGUUGAUUCUUCAGGAUUGUGGAGGAUUGGGGGGGCCUCAUUCUAUAGAAUUGGGGCCCCCAAUAGAGACGCGCUGCUUCCACGCUCUCCUUUGGCAUCCCAGGAAAAAAAUGAAUAGUCAGGUGGUCUAGAAGGUAGACCCCAAGUUGAGGUAUUAACAGGAGGUUUAUUAGAUAGAAAAAGAGCAAUAUUACCGAAAUCCCACUGAGCAGCAGGUGGUUGAAAACAGGCUCCAAAACCCCUAUGCGGUAAGGCUAAUGUGGAAAAAAAGUUCAUUUGUCUUGGGUUGUGUUUUUUUUCCCUGUAAUUCUUGUGAGUAUAUUUUUGUAGUGUGUUUCAGGAAGAGAACUGGCAUUCUUCUCAGUUAGGACAGGAAAUAGAGCAGCUAAUCGGAAAAAAUCUGGUAUGCUUGUUUCUGUUGGGUUUUUCUGGCAAAUGAUGAAUGCUUCUCUUGAAAGAAUGUGUGAACAACUGAAAUACCUCAGCAUAUGGUUAUCCGGGGAUAUAUCGAUCCAAGUGUUUGCGUUUAGAUUUUCGAAGGCUGGUUGGCUUGCUCCGAUGGAAGACACCUGACACACGAUCCCACAUCCUGGGAUGCAGGAAGAGCAAAGCUCCCCGGGCCUCUUCUUCGGGUGGCAAGUCCUCCAGCCAUGCCCAUCACCUAAUUGCUUUAAAUUUCACCCUCGGUCUUCCUGCCCAGCACCAUGAGCCCGGACGGUGCUACAUAAGUGGUAACUUACUCAUCGGAGCAGGAGUUAAUUCACCCAUUAAGCCAUGUGGACAGAGCUCGAAAGGAAUGCAGAGGCCAGUCCAACCAGUUCAACCAGUGAGUGAGUUCAGAGUCAUCCAGGCAGAGACCGUCUCCUCAGCGGACCGGCCUUGGCUGAAUCCCCGAGGGUCUGUUUCUCUCCGGCCGUUUUGGUGGCUCCCUUGAGAAGGUCUGCUUCAGAAUGAUCCCCCCCGGAUCCCUUCCCAAGUGGGAUCCUUGUGAAACGGGCCAGGACACUCAGGGGGCUCCUCCUCGCGGGACCCUCGCCAUCCCGAUUCCAUGAGGCCCUUAAAGAGAGCGAUGGCCACACAAGUUGAACUCGGCUCUGCCCUGACCUCGCUGGCCGGCAUAAGUGAACCAAGGACCGAGGCCGCCUUCCGGCACUCCUUUAUCAGCUCGCUGUCUGACGCCAGCCGGAAGCCUGGGGAGGGCCCCCGAGCUCUGGCCCCACUCACCCCGGAGGGCAGGGGGCAUCCAGUGGGCCCUGCCACCAUGCCCUCCACCGUGCCCAGGCCCCCGUGGGCCCCCAAGCCCUUCUCCCGGGAGACGUCUUCCGACACGUUUGCUACGGUGAAACCGCCUGUCCCGGCACUCAAGUCCAGCAGUGCUACGCCAAAGCCUCCCGCCACCUUGGCCCAGACCUUUGAAGACGCUGCCAAGGGGCUGCCUGGAAACGUCCCUCCGCUGCUGGAUCAGAAACCGAUGGAGAGCGAGAGCCCCGUGGAGCCGGUUGCCCACCUGCCCUUCUACGCGAGUGCUCAGGCCAACACCCUCAUCCUCUUUGAAAGCAGGCGGCCUGCGAAGGGGAGGGCCGAAGAGGGAGGGUCCAAGGCCCAGGAGGGGCAGCUGCUGCGCUCCCAUUCAGAGAAGUGGCCCCCAAGGCAGCCCUCGCUCUCCACGGACCCCAGGCCAGUCUCCUGGGCCCCUCACUGGAAGGAGGCCUUUGCGGGGGGGCCCAAGGGUUCGGCCGGCAGCCUUGAGCCACAGCAGAGUCCAACUCCGGCCACUGAGACCCACUCCCAGGCAGGAGGGGGACCCGCCGCCUCGGCUGGCUUUCGGGAAUCCUGGCAGGAACCAACGCAACCAGCUCCUCCCCAGGCAGCUUCUGGCCCAGGGAGCCCAAAGCCGAGGCCGCUCCCCCUGGACCUCACGAGCAGGUUUGAAGCCUGGCAGAAGCAGCCCUGCCCCCCGGCUGAGAGCAAGGAGAAGAGCUUUCCAGCCGCCGGCCACAGGGCUCCGGAGGCCACAGGGGCGAGGAGCGCAGCUGCCAGCCUAAGUGGGGCUGUCCCAUCUGGGCCCAGGGCGAAAAGUGCCGGCAGCCAGCUGGCUGAGUCUCCUCCCCAAAGCUCUUUGCCCUCUGUUGGGGGAGCAGCUUCCCCAGGCCAGACUGUCCCGGAGGACGUGGGGCAAAAGUGCGCACAGGAGGAGGGAAGCCAGGGGAAGUCCAGCAUGGGGCAGCCCAGGGCCGGCCAAGGCCAGCCUCUGCGGGAGAUGGGGGAGGUCACUGCCCAGGAGGCCGGCUUCAGGAAGGCCGACCUGCCAGACGCCUCGGACGGCUGCCCUAAAAAGGCCGCCCCACUCCUGGACCCUUCAGCAAAGCCCCGGGCUGCCCCCGAGAGCCAGUCCCUCCGCCGCAGCCCCGGAAAGGAGAUCCAGACCCUGAACAUCCAGCAGAGGAUUCAAGUGCUGACGGCAGAGAACGCGGCUUUCAAGGCAGGAGGCCUGCGCUGCCACUCCUUCCGCUCCCGGCCUCUUUCCGCAGAUUUGACGAAGAUGUUUUCUGGCCCCGUGACUGCAGGGGAGCUGAAGCCCAAGAGGCCGCCUGAAUGGUCCAGGAAGCCUGCUGGUGACAUGCAAGAGGCUCUGGAGGAGGAGACGCUGCCUGUGGGCAGAGCAGAUGUUGGAGAAGCCGGCCUGGCUGGCCGUCCCUGGAAGCCCCCGCUGCUGGCAAGAACACCCUCCAUGGAGGGCCCCCCCAAGAGAGAGGGCAGCUUUGCCCAAAGCAGGCCAAAGGUCUCUCUGCCAGCGGAAGAGCCCGGCUUGGUCUUCAGCCCCAAAGCGAGAACGGCGUCCACGUCGUCCAGUGAAGAUGCCUGCCUCAAGACGGUCAGAGCCACCAUGUUUGAACAUCACGUGGAGAGACACAGUGUGGUGGCCAGCCAGCUUGGCGCCGGACCGGCCUUGCUGUCCCUGAGGGCGACCUUCGGAGGCUCCCCCUCCCAGGGCCAGGAAUUUCGGAAGGAGAGAAUGCUGGGAGACGGCCAGGCGACCAAAGCCUCCAACCGGGAGGCCGGAGGGCCCGAAGAUCCCAGGCCUUCCGCUGAGGACGAAGAUCCCUCGAGGGAGGAGGAUUCCCUGCUGACGCAAAGGAUCGAGCCCAGGUACGAGAUCCUGCAGACCGUGGGGGAGACGGUGCAGAGCGAGGCGGUGGCAGCCGUCUCCGGAGGGAAGGCCGUCACUCUCCGCCGCCAGAGACCCUUGAAGGAGAAUCGGAGCAAGAGCGAAGGUUGGAGUGGGGCUUCUGGCCUGGGAACCGGCCCCUUGAAGGACCUCCCGGCCUCCGGGAGACAGGCUGGGUUGCACAGCGAAGGAACCGGGCCAGAGAGAAGUCAGGCCGGGCAGCGGGCAGCCUCAGCGUCUUUCAGGGUGAAGGAUGGCGGCCGCUUGGCCCCCUGGCUGGAAACCGGGAAGGAGAGGCGGCUCACUCCUGCUGAUGUCCUGAGGGAGGGGGCCACAGGGCCCAAGGGCCACACCCUGCAGAGGACUGGAGCCGGGGCGCCCGAGGCCGAUGGCUGGGAAGGCAGGGCUGGCGUGCUGGAUCAGAGGGCCGGCCGGGGGCAAAGUGCCAGCUGCCCAGGACUCCUCUUCAGCCUGGACCUGAAGCCCCCUCAGGGGGCAGAGGAUCCCAAAGGGCAGAAGCUGCGAGCAGCCUGGGAAACGUGGGAGGCCCCGGCGGAAGGAAAGGAGCCGCCAGAGCUCAGCCUGGAAGUGAGGUGGGCGAGCAGCGUCCGUGGUGCUUCGGGUGCCAAAGGUUCAGGCCGCUGGCGAAGGAAGACUCUGCCCCACGCUGGCUCUGUCUGGUUUGAGGGCCCGGGGGAACCCCCCCAGGGUGCUGCCGGACUGGCCAGCAGAAGAGACGCCCUGCAUCCGAUGGGUGGCUCAGCGGCAAAGGGAAGCCCCCAGGCCCCCCGUGGACUGGAGCCCAGGCAGGCGGAGGUCACCUCUCCCAGCGGCCCCCAGAAGCCGCUCUCUCCUUCGGAGCCCAAGGCCACGUACUUUGCGGUCACCUGCCAGAUCUCGGAGGAGAUCGAUAGCCGGCCUGGGAGAGCUGCGGCUGUGGCUCCUCCUUCCAGAAGUGCCCGUCCCUCCCCUUGCCAGCACACAGAGAGCUUUUCGGAGGGAGGGAGCUCUCCAGCCGGGCCUCUCCAGCCGGGCCUCUCCAAGGGGCGAAGCGGCGCUUCUCGGGAUCCACCGACCGAGGCCAGAGACCAGGAGCUGCCGCAGAGACAGCCAGAGGCCUCGGCCGAAGGGCAUCCGGCCAGAGCUGACCUGGCCCUCUCUCCUGGGGCCAGGCCUUCUUCCUACUUGGUGCCCCUCCAGCAGCCGAGCCAGCAGAAGAGCCCUGGCUCCCUCGGUCUCGGGGGAGAGCAGCGGGAGGCCCCCGAUCACUACAGGUCGAGAGUGGUGGACAUUGAUGAGCUGAUGGCAGAGUACGGGGGAGAGUCCCAGAAGCUUUGGGCCAGAGAGGAGGGCCGGAGGGAGAGCAGCUUCUUUCCUUGGGAGAAAUGGACCCCCAGGACCCUUCCCUGCAGCUCGGACCAGAGAGGGGAGAAGGCCAGGGAGGAGCACGCCCUGGGCGGCCAAGGGGCGGGCACUGAGGGACGACGUGUGCGUGGCAGCGUGGAUCCAUGGGAGGCCAGGGAGGGAACCUGCAGCCCUCCCCAGUGGGGCAAGCCAGACACCGAGAAGCCAAAGCCACGGCCGGCCGAGCCCCCCGGGCCAAGGACGAAGAAGACAGCCUUUCCGGUUGGCAGGGAGCAAGGAGAGGGCACCGGGCAGGGCCCCCAGAGUGCCAAAGGGGCCAGUCCCGGCCCCCACCCUGCCCGUAGGGACCUGGGAGGCUGGUGGAAGGAGGCCGGUCUGAAGCAGUGGGCCGUCCUGGCCCCAGCCGGGGGGUGGUGCCCCAGCAGUGACUUGCCGGCCGGCCAGCCUGGGUGGAAAGCUGAGCCCCAGGCCGGCGUCUGGGGGAAGGGCCCUCCCGCAGCGCAGCAGCCUGGGGCGGAGCGGAGCAGUGCCAGCGCAUCCCCAGGGAUGGGGGCCGUGCCGGACCUCAAUCCUUGCUCCUCUGGAAAGAGCCACCCGAGCCCAGCGAGGCUCAGCUUCCCUUCGGGACCAAGGCUGGAUCCAACCCACGCUUGUCAGAGGCUCUGCCUGAGCAAGGGAAGCCUGUCGCCCGGGGACUGCCUCUCCCACGCAGGGACACGGGACCUCGGAGAAGGAGGCCUCCCAGUGGACCCUGACAAUGCCGCAGCCAUCAAGCACUCUCCGUUCCUCCUUGCCCAGCGACGGAGUGACAGUUUCUAUAACGAGUGGAGGACCGAUCGCUGGCCAGGGGACCACUUGAAGCAGUGCUUCGGCCGGCCGUCAGCAGAGGCCAGGGACACCGACGUCCUCGUGCAGGAGGCCGACGGCAGGUAUGGCACCUGGGGCGACCAGCAUCAGAGCGGAGACAGCUUCACCCCGGAGUCUCCUUCCUCGGAGGGCAGCGUGGCCCCCGCACAGAAGCCGUCUCCUGGCCGCCCAGCCUCCUGGUACUCCUCCCAGAGGGGCCCGGCCACGGCCACUGACCGACCGGAUUCACCCAGGGAGCAGAGGAGCCACAGCCUGGACGGUUCCAGCCCGGACGCCAGUCCAGCCAAGCCUCCCUCCACCGAGAAGGGCAGCCCAGACUUCUCCUUCCUGGAGCCAACUGCCCGGCUGGACUCGAGGGUCCUGAAGAGCCGCGUCCUGCUGGGCAAAAGGCUGCAGCGGCAUCGGGCCCCCAUCUCCCACACCCUCAGGAGGAAUGCCAGCGGAGAUGCCCAGCCGGCCCCCUUCUCUGCAGUGAGGGGAGCAGCCAGCGGCUGGAUGUUCAGGGACUCCACAGAAGAGAAGCCCCCCAGGGCAGGAGAGGAAGAGGAGGAGGAGGAGCCCCUAACAGCAGAGAGGCUGUUCCCUGCCCAGCCGCGGCCGCCUCUCUUUCCAGGCCUGGCCCCCUCCGCCCUCAAGGCUCAACUCAGGAAAAGGCAGGAGUCGGAAGGGAGGAGGGAGGAAGCCCCCCCUGCGCCCCUCUGCAAGUCGCCCAAAGGUCCGCUUCCGGCCGGGGGCUCCGGGGGCCGGGUGCUGGCGGCCACCCCCGAGAAGGAAGGGAGGCCGGAGGAACUGCCCCCCCCAUGGCUGACGGAGCUGAAGUCCAGGAGGAAGCAGGGCCAGCCAGAGAGCCCCAUCUGAGGUUGAAGCCAUGACUGGCCAGAGGAGGAGCUGCCUUAACUGACCGCCCGCCCUUUCCCUGCCCUCCCGAGGCUCCCUCGCCUUGACCUGCGCUCAGUGCCUUCCUCUGGGGGCCCUGCUGGACUCCAGCCUCGGAGGGGGGCUGUGGGACGGCCCCGGCCCCACCACCCUGCAUCUGGGGCUGCCCCGAACGCUCCGCCUUCCUCCUGGGGAGCUGAGGCCAGGACUGCGAUCCGUGGGGAGGGAGGGGCUUCGGCCUUCCUCCUCCUCCUCCUCCUCUCCGCAGAAGAGAGAGACGGAUCCCGCUUGCUGCCCUGCCCGGAAGGGAAAGGGACGCCGCUCGUUUCUUCAGGAUCCGGUUCUGAUCGUCUGGACACGUCCAUGGAUUUGCUGCUUGGCCAGGGGCCGCGUGGCUCAAGAAUCAGAGGAAGAGGGUUUCUGGCACGAGCUGUUGAGUGAGAGAGGAAGUAGCAAAGCCCAGCCAACGUCUCCUCCUCCUCCUCCUCCUGGGGGUUUCUGUAAAUCAGCCCCCCCAGGCGGCCUUUUCGUUGGACAGACGGGAGAAAAGCCAACUGGCUCAGGCCCUGAAUCGUCUUUGUCGGCUGUCGAUUUCCUUGUUGAUAUUUGGGGCAAGGAGUCCUGCGUUGGAUUCCGGCCCUUCCAAGAGUCCGGCUCUCUCCCGCUUCUAAGCCUGGGGAGAUCGGUCAGCAAACGAAUGGGCCUCUGCGUGGCCGGGGGGGGGGGGGGCGGCAUCCCUGGGAACAGGGCAGAGACCCUGGCAAGCCCUUUUCUGCUCCGUCCUGGUCGGCUGGAGAAACCCCAAGUUGGGCGGUUCUGUGAAUGCAUCCGCGAGGGGUGGUGCUCGACCUCUGAAGGCCCCAAGGGUGCCUGGCAGGCUGGCUGGCUGCUGAGUCAGCCCUGUGCCCAAUCUUGGGGUCUGCAUUCCUGCCUCCUGAGACCCCGCUGUGCUUACACGCUGCACACACACACACACACACCCCGAUAAGUGCUUUUCUCAAAAUGCUCUGGCUCCCCCAAGGGUUCAGCCAGAGACCUUGGGCCUGGGGUGGGACCGCCAGCUGCCUCUGUGCCUCCCCGGUGCCAGUCCUGGACCCCGGCUUCCUUUCCUUCCUUCCUUUCCCAGCUUGGCACAGGGAGGCCCAUCUGCUCCGCCAUGCCUCCAGCCCUCGGGCACCCUGUCCAUUGUUUGGGGGAGAUGGCCCCGACCCCUGUGCCACUUGGAGGCGGCCUCUCCUGGCAACGCCAGCAGGAAGUCCGGGCAUCUGCAGCGUUUCUGAGGCUGGGAGAACUUGGCUGGCAGAUCCCCUGGAAGCCGCACACGGAGGCUGUGCUCCUCCUGGCCACGUUCCGUCUCGACCAUCUGAUUAAAAAGCUUGCUCAGA